CAAGAAACGUUUAACGCCUCCAUAAUGCGAGUGAAGAUGAGGUUUCGAACGCUGGUGCUCGUGUGUGGUGCUGUGGCGGCGGCUAACGUGCUCCUUUUCCUGUAUCGGCUGCCUGCGCUCAGUCUGGACGAGGACACCAUAGAGACGUCGCACGAGCCCCUGAAGCUGCCGGAGGACGAGGUAGAGCUCGUGGCGGCGAGGCUGAAUCUUGACGUGGGCCUCAUCGGCAGCAGCAGCACGAGGGGCCCCCAACACGAGCAACUGAGGGCCCGGUCGCGCACUCGCAAGUUCCUCAUCCACUCGUACCUGCGAGGCGGCGGGGGCGUGCUGGCCGAGGCGCUCAACCUGCACGUGGACGACAUGUUCUUCCUCUACCAGCCCCUCUACAAGAUGCAGGAGGAAGGCCCCGAGUACGGCACGGAGGUCCUCAGCACCAAAAAGGCACUGCAGGCCCUAAAAUGGCUGAAACAUGCUUACAACUGCACAUUUGAAGGGCACGAGGACCUGAUACAUGCCCCUUACCUGUGGAAGUCUCACUCCAUCAGGAACACUUUCAGAAAAAAUUGCCAGGAGAAAAAGGUGUGGAUAACUCAGUGUCUCCAGCAAGCUUGCUCAGAUCGCCAGCUCAGGGCCGUAUUCACUAUUCGUCUGGGUGUUGAUCACAUCUCGGAAUUGAUCAAGUUGUAUGGAGAAGAAUUCAAGGUUGUGGUGGUCGUCAGGGAUCCUCGGGCCAUUCUUAGUGCACGUCGAAGAGAAAAUUUAGGGCCUAUAUUAGAUACUCCUCUCACUUUCAGACAACAGGCUGCUUUGUUGUGUUCCAGUAUGGCAGCCGAUAUUACCCUGGCUGGUGAACUGACAGAACGAUACCCUGGCUCUGUUAUGAUACUCCAUUACGAGCACCUGCUGACUGACCCUCUUGAGGUGCUUACACACCUCUAUGAUUUCCUAGGUCUUGAUGCUACAUCCUCGCAUUUGAACAAAGUGAUUCGCAUUCUGAAACUGGAUCGUCCACAGGAAAUGCUCCUCCAGGUCUUGAAGGGAUGGCAGGUUGAACUAACACUGCGGGAAAGCAGGGCAGUGGACUACGGCUGUAGCCAUAACUAUGACAAACUAGGCUACUUCCCUGUGCCUAAAGCUAUUACAAACAAAGACAACUACUUUGUUUCAUGGGCUCAGGCAAAGGAGAGAUAAGAUUUCAGGUAUAAGUAGAGACCACAGUAUGUUCCUCAAUGUAUUCUUUCUGGUACUUUCUCUCUAUUUCUUCUUGUUUUAGUUCCUAUAUAUUGUAUACACACACACACACACACACACACACACACAUA